AUGACGACGAGGCCGCGGGGAAUCACGACGUCGGCUCGACGCCGCGGCCUCGCCGCGCUCGCGACGACGCUCGUCGCCGUCCUCCUCUCCGCGUCGACCGCGCACGCGCAGACGCCGCCGCCGCCGCCGCCGCCGCCGUCGCCGCCCCCCGUGGGCGCGGUCGUCAGCACCGGCCUCGUGCUCACCGCGACGCCGACGUGCGCGCUGUCGGACGGCACCACGACCGUCACCGUCACCGCGCGCGACGCCCCGACCGGCGCUCUGACCUGCCGGUUCAUCGACUACGCGAUCGCGCUGACGUUCUACGAGGCCGCGACGUUGGUCGCGACGACGUCCGCCGCGUACGUCGCCGCGGACGCGGCCGCGGCGCAGCAGGAGGCGUCCAUCGGCUUCGUCCCUGACGAAGCCGCGGCGACGAAUCAGGCGCGUCCUCGCUCAUCAUCGCACCGGUCCCCAUACGACGCCGUUCGCGAUGUGAACGCCACCGCGUACGACGCGUGGGUCGCGGCGCAAGCCGCGGAGCAGGCUGCGUACGACGCCGCGCUCCUCGCGACGACGAUGGCGACGCCGGUGGACGCGACGACGGUAUCCGUCACGACGGACGCGACGCCGAUCACGACGGCGACGUGCGUCGUCCCCGCGGGCGACGGCGGGCUGCUCACCGUCGGCUUGGUCAACGACGGCGGCGCGGAGGGAUCCACGGACGACCCGACCGAGCACUACCCGAUCAGCGCGUCGCAGGCGACGCAGGUGAGCUCGACCGCGCGCGUGCGCCGGAUGGGGCUGACGUCCGCGUCGCCGCUGUCCGGCCCGAGCACGGGGGCGACGGAGGUGACGAUCGUCGGCGACGGGUUCGAGGCGCCGAUGACGUGCGAUUUCUACCGCGACUCGACGCCGACGUCGACGACCGCGACGGUCGUCAACUCGACGCAUCUGACGUGCGUCACCCCGACGGGCAGCGGGAAGGUCACGACGCACGUCACCUUCGCGGACGCGUGCGCGCUGUCGUUCGAUUUCGUGUACUACACGGCCCCGGAGGUGCUGGCGGUGUCGCCAGGGAGCGGCCCGCGUUUCGGCGCCACCGCGAUCACGGUGUACGCCACGAACUUGUACUUUUUGUCUCAGUACCCGUCGUACACGACGCCCAAGUGCUCGCUCGGACAAGCCGGCGACGCCGAGGUCGGCUCCGCGGUCGCGUACUUGGACGGCGUCUUAUCGUCCGACGGCGCGAGCGUCGUGUGCACGACCCCGAGCACGUACAUCGACGACGGCGUGCACGUCGUAAGGCUCUCGUUCAACGGGCAGCAGUACACUGCGACGACGGCGGCGGACGCCUCUGUCGUGUCGUUCAACGCGUCCGGGCCUCUGAUUCGAAUGACGGACGUGGUGUAUCACGUCCCGGAGAGCGAGGGCGUCGUCCAGGUCGGCGUCGAGCUCGUCGGCACGAGCGUUCUGAACGUCAGCGUCCAAGUCGCCGCGAGCUUCGGCGGGAACUCGGUGUUACCCGGAGAGGCCACGGACGAGGGGAUCCAGCUCACGACGCACGCGGCGGCGGAGAACGACAACAACGACGCGCACUGGAGCACGCGGGACUUCGACGUGUACAACGUGUCGUUGGAGUGGGCCGCGAACGUCGUCGGGAGCCAGAGCAUCAUGGUGUGGAUACGAAACGACACGAUAUUCGAAGCGUCGCUCGAGGCGCUCACGCUGACGCUGCGCGACGCCGUGAACGCGGACGUGGACGCGUCGGGUCGCGAUAACUCGGUCGUCACGAUCGCGGACGACGACUCGGCGCCGCUCGUGCACGCGAGGGAGUACAACGUCGUGUACUGGCUCAACUCAUCCACGACCGGGGUGGUCCCCGUGGACGUCGUGUCCGGCGACGCGGCGCUCGUCGCGACGGUGAAUUACACAGUGACGGGCGGCUCCGCGAUUCUCGGGACGCAUUACGAGACGCAAACCGGGCAACUCACGUGGGCGGCGCACGACAGAGCGACGAAGUACGUGGACGUCGCGCUGCUGUGGGCGAACAUCCCGUUCGAGGCUGAGCUCACGCUGGGGGUCUAUUUGACGCCCAUCUCGAACGCGCGCGUCGCGACGGAUCAGGCGACGGGCGCGUCGGCGUCGGCGGCGUUGUUCGUGUACGGCGUCGCGGAGGGCGCGUGCCCGCCCGGGACGAAACGCACGGACUCCACCGGUUUCAUCGCGCCGAGCCCGCCGCCGAUGCCGAGCCCGCCGCCAUCGCCGCCGCCCGCGCCGCCGCCGCCGCCCGCGAACGCGGACGCGGACGCGGAGAUGUACAGCAUCACGCCGUACGUCCAACCCGCCGCCGUCGCGGACCCGACGACGGGCGCGCUGACGACGCCGCCGGAGACGGCGCUCGCGCUCACGCCGGCGUUCGCGCCGUACGUGUACGCGUACGACGUGUACGUGGACAACGCGUACGACAGCGUGCGGAUAGAGUAUCAGUCGAGGAGCGCGACGGCGACGUAUUCGUCCGUCGCGAGCGCGUAUACCGCGGCGACGGCGCCGGCGACGACGGCGCAUUUGGACUUAUCCGGCGGGCGGAGAAAGACGAAGAGGAGGAGGAGGAGGAAUUUACUCCAGUCGUCCACGCUCACGCAGUCGUUCCCUCUCCAGGUGGGCACGACCGUCGUGACCUGGGUCGUCCUCGCCGCGGACGGGGUCACGACGCAGAACUACACGCUCAGCGUGCGUCGGUACUCCCCGACGACGGCCAACUACGUCUCCGCGUUUUCGUUGCUCGCGGGAACGUUCAACGCGACGGAUUCGACGACGACCUACGCCGCGGUGACGUUCAACGAGACGUUCUCGCAAGACGUGACGCAGUACUACCUCACCGCCGCGUUAGCUCAUGACGUCACGACGUUCACCGCCGCGAUCGGGUUCGUCUCGAGCUCGGAGGUGUUGCUCGCGACGAUGGCGCUCUCGCCGAUCGCAAACGUGAGCGAUCCGCAAAUCACGACGCUGGACCCGUCGACGGCGUCGUCCACGUCCGCGAUAUCGCUGUCGAAGUACGCCCCGGACACGGAGACCGUGACCGUGCGAGUGCUCGCGAACGACGGACUGAGCGCGCGGGAGUAUCACGUGCUCGUGCAGCGCGCGGCGCCGUCGUCGCCGCCGCCGCCGCCGCCGCCGCCGCCGCCGCCGAGCCCGCCGUCGCCGCCGCCGCCGAACGGGUCGCCGCAGCCGCCGCCGCCGCCGCCGCCGCCGCCGCCGCUUCCAUCUCCGCCGCCGUCGCCGCCGCCGCCGUCGCCAUCUCCCUCGCCGCCGCCGCCGCCGCCGUACGCGCUGCCGACGUCCCCCGCGGACUCGUCCUCGUGCACGCACUGCGCGGCGGGGACGUACCAACCCUCCCCGGACCAGGCGAGCUGCGUCGACUGCGCCCCCGGGUACGUCGUCGCGACGACCCGGGCGCUGGCGUGCGACGCGUGCGCGCCGGGGACGUACGCGAACGUCGCGGGAAUGAGCGCGUGCUCGGCGUGCCCCGUCGGGUCGUACGCCGCGGCGAGCGCGUCGACGAUAUGCACGCUCUGCGCGAGCGGGUUCACGACGUCGGCGGCGGGCGCCGCGUCGUGCGACGUCGCGGAGACGACGACGGAUCUGACGAACCCCACGGUGUACUACGUCCGCGUCACCGCGGGGGUGUGGUUCUCCGGGGUGAGUUCGAGCGUGAGCGCGGGAGUGGGCGGGCUCGCGGCCGCGGUUGGGGUCUCCGCGAGCGACAGAGACGCGUUCGCGUACACGCUGACGUCCGACGCGGCUGGGAAAUUCGACGUCGAAGAAAACCUCGUGUCGGUGGCAAACGUGACGAUACCGGGCAGCGCGGUGUACGAGGGGCGACGGCGGUCUCGAUCUCGGCGAAGAAGAGCGCUGCUCGCGGAGCAGCUCCUGGUCGACGGCAAGGCGUGUCAGAACGUCGCGAACUGCGUCGCCGCCGCGCAACUCGAGGUGGUCGUCGUGGCCACGUACGAGACGCCGACGGGAAUUUACGUCGCGGAUUCCGAAGUCGACGCCAACGUCACCGCCGCGAAGGCGAAGGCGUCGAGCAAAGUCGCCGCGCUGCUGGCCGAUCCGUCGAGCUUCUUCCCGUUCACGCUGACGUCGCUGGGGCCGGGCGUUACCGUGUCGAUCGUCGGCGACGUCGUGCUGAAGGACGUCGAGCCGGCGGAGGAGACGGCGUUUCAGGACAUCUUCGAGCGUUACGGGAUAAACUCCGUCGCGUUUUUCUUCGCGUGUUUAUUCGUCUGCUUCGGCGCGUGGCUCGCCCCGAAAGCGUUCGCGCGGCUCAGGGCGGCGUGGGCGGCGCGCUCGGUGCGACGGCAGGUGCGCUUCCACGCGUUGGGGAAGGCGGAGUGGGGGUCUCUGCGGCCGGAGAUGCGGUCGAUGACGACGCGCGCGCUCGCCAAGCUGGCGAGGUACAAGCGCCUGCGCGACCAGACGAAUUUGGAGAAGAUGUGGUCGAGGCGGGUGUUCGGGGAUAAGAAGUCCACGCGGGUGAAGGACCAGGAAGCGGAGCAGUUCCUGUAGCGUAGUAGGUCCGACGUGUGCGUGCGUAGUACGCUUAGAUUUUUUCUUUAACACGCAUUAGCGCUUUACUUCAC